CCCCGCACAGCGCUUCGACGAGCAGCACGGCAUGCGAACAAAUGUCCCGUUCUAGAGGCGGCGAUGCCCCGAGGCCACAUCCUCUCCAUAUCUUUAAAUGGCCGCGCAUAUCUCAGACGGUAAACUCUCCCCCUUUCUCUUUCUUCCGUCAUCCUCCGCCCCGCGCCCUACUACCCCCGCCGCCCCGCUCCUCGAUCUGUUCCUCCUGAUGUCGAACAAGCCAGACCAGGAGAUCUACCCAACCGACAUCAAGCAUGCGCUCUUUUGUUAUGCGGAGGAGAUGUACCGAUACACGCUGGAGUUGUGGACGGACAUGUCGAGCCGGGUGGAGAGCGUGACAACGUCAGCAAGCCAGUCUCAGUCUCAGCCUGCUGUCGUUUCUGCGGCGCACGAGACAUUGCGGACACGGCAACAAGAUCACUAAUUUGCGACGAUGCUUGACGUCGGCCUGAAACUACUACUUGUACGAUUAAUUCAUUCUCCGUCCGUUCCCUUCGCCGUCCAUUCAUCGCUGUUUUAUUCCGGUACGUGUGUCUUUGCGCUGCGCUUCUGAUGUCCGCGUAUG